AUGACCGAGUCCGAUUUCUACUCGGAAGAUGAACGCUCCGUCGAGCUUUCAUCCAUCGCUGCUAUCUUCCCAGAGAUCAAGGUCGACCCUGCUUUUCCCUUCAGAGCCUCUUUAGAUAUCCCCGUCAAGCCUUCGAUACCUCUACCUGUGUGCUUCCAACAACAAAUAGACAGCGGGUUUCCAACCGUCCUGACCCCUCCUACAUCCCUAGAUGCUAGUGAAGUCGGACUCGGCUUUGCGGCGAAAACCGGACUCGACACAUCGGCCGUGGAUCUUGACCGCGAUGUUCAUACCCUCUCACACCUCCCACCACUCAGUCUGGAGAUCGAUCUCCCGGAGGGCUAUCCCUCCCAAAAUCCACCAAGGUUCAAACUUGAUACCAACCCACCAUGGCUUCCGUCCUCGAUCAACUCACGGCUAGUGGAAGAUGGCAAACGUCUUUGGGAAGAAUGCGGGAAGGAUCAGGUCGUGUUUACCUACAUUGAUCACCUUCAACAACUAGCGGAUUCAGCAUUCGGGAUUAGCGACAUUGCUGACCAUGAAGUGCAGCUUCCCCGCGACCUCAAGAUCGCUCUGUUGGAUUUCAACAACAAGGCUGAGCGGGAGAAAUUCGAGCAAGAGACCUUCGAAUGCGGGGUUUGUCUUGAGCCAAAGAAGGGAUCCGUUUGCCACCGCCUGCUGUCGUGCGGGCAUGUCUUUUGCGUGCCCUGUCUGCAGAAUUUCUACAACAGUUGUAUCACGGAGGGCGAUGUGGACAGUGUCAAAUGUCUGGCCCCCAAUUGUGCCAAAGGGAAAGACGAUGCCCCCGGUCCUAACAGCGGCGGGAAAAAGCGGAAGAAGCAUGACCGGACCCUCAACCCCAGUGAGCUACUCCAGAUUCCACUGGAGCAGGAAACCGUACAGCGCUAUGUUCUUCUGAAACGGAAAAAGAAACUCGAGUCCGAUAAAUCAACUAUUUACUGCCCCCGGCAAUGGUGCCAGGGCGCUGCUCGAUCCAAGAAGCAUCCGAAACCCAUUGACCCUCUGGCAAUUGAUGACUCGUCUGAUGAUGAUGAAGACGAGGUUGUGUUCGAUCCCGAGGGAGAUGAAACUCAACUGCCUCCCAUGGCGGAUCGCGUUGCCAUCUGCGAGGAUUGCAACUAUGCCUUCUGCUGUGUGUGCAAAAAGGGGUGGCAUGGGGAAUUAGUAUGGUGCUUCCCUCGCCGAACAGCUGAGCUAUCAGCCGAAGAAAAAGCGACGGAGGAAUAUCUUCGGCUUUAUACCUCGCCUUGCCCAACAUGCAAUGCCCCUUGCCAAAAACGCAUGGGCUGCAACCAUAUGAUAUGUUUCAAGUGCAACACCCACUUUUGCUAUCUCUGUUCGAGCUGGCUGUGCGAAGACGAUCCUUAUCGACAUUUUAACGAUACCAACAGCCAAUGUUACAACCGGUUGUGGGAUCUGGAGGGUGGCGACGGCCUCAACCCCGAAGGAGCCGAAGUUCUCCAUCAGGUCCCCAACGAAUUAUUAGUGUUUGAGGAUCCAAGUGACGACGAAGAUGGCCCUAUCCUGGGCUUCGACGACGGCGAUAAUGAAGUGAGACGCCGAAGGCGACCACCGCCGCCGGCUCCAGUACCGCCACGAGUCAAUCAGGCAGCGGGCGGUGCUGGUCAUCGUGAGCCUGGAAAUGAUGCCAAUGGCCUAGAUGCGGCAGGCAGGGCCGCCGCCGCGGAACGACAAGCGCAAGCUCGAGCGAUGGCCGAGGUGCGAGCACGCCCCGUAGCCGAUCGACCCCCGCCCCGGCCCGAUGCACAAGCUAUAGCCCAACCGCCUCGAGCAGGGCGAGUCCACCGACCAGCUCUCCAACGAUUCCUGGACUUGGUCCAAAACGACCGUGAAGACGAAUGGGACAGCGAUGAACUGGAUGAUGAUUUUUAA